AUUUACUCUUCAAUCUGCGAAUUUUCUCCUGAAGGAUGCUUCUACGAACUUGUUCAAAAUAACCAUAAGAAGAAAAAACCUCGUUAAUAGCAUAUUCACCGAAGCUAAGAAUUGUACAUAGGUAUAGGACCUCAAACCAAUUCUUGUAUUCAAUUUUUGGAAGAGGAACCUGCUCAACAAAACCUAAAAUAUGGAAGAUUUAGCUAGGAAUUAUCAAGAAAAACAAAGCGAAUUGACAGGAUUUGUUGAUUCGAUAAAAAAGCUCGAAGCUCAAUUACAAGAAAAUACCACAGUUUAUAAUGAAUUAGAAAGAAUCGAUGGCGACUCCAAUAUUUACAAGCAAAUCGGGCCCACUCUUGUUAAGCAAACCCAAGAGGAAGCAAAGACGAAUGUUCAGACAAGACUCGACUUCAUUAAAAAAGAAAUUGCUCGUGUGGAAAAUCAAAUAGAAGGUUCAAAGGUGGAAUUUGCCAAACUCAAGUCUGCUAUCGUUCAAGCUCAAACCGAAGCCGCAUCCAAAGCAAAUGCUUCCUCUUAACAUAUUAAAGCAAAUAGUAUAAAUAUUAUUGACAUUAUGUACCGAAGGACAUCGACUCACGA